CAAACAGACCAUUGGCUGUUAUUGGUGGCAUUUCACCCUUUAGUCUUGUGAGUGUCGGGUUUUAUCUAAUUUCCUAAGCGUGCCACCAUUUAAGAGUUUCCAUUUGAGGUUCUUUGCAUCGCACCUGUUGAGCGCAGGUUGGUGUUAUCCACUGAGGCUUGUGUGUCGCACUCUGAAACUCUGAAAAUCAGGUCAAAAUGAGGAGUCCGGCUGUGUUUUGGUGGCUCACCCUGGCAUUUCUUUUGAGCGGCACAGGACAGGCUGAGAAACAACAGGCACCAGCUAUUUCUCAAGGAACGGACUGCACCCAGAUUAAGGCCGUCUCACCGCGAGCAUCCAGCGGGGUUUACGUCAUCCAGCCUCCCGGAGUCAAGGCGCCGUUUAAGGUGUACUGCGAGAUGCGGCAAGAUGGAGGCUGGACAGUGUUUCAGAGACGCAGCGGAGGGGCGCUUUCCUUCAACAGGGACUGGGCGGCGUACGCAAACGGUUUCGGAAACCUGAGACAGGAGCACUGGCUGGGUCUGAAGAAGGUUUACUCUCUGACCAAGAACAGAGCCAAGAGGUGGAUCCUGAGGGUCGACCUGUGGGACCAUGAGGGGGGAACCGCUUACGCCCAGUACCAAAACUUUAGAUUGGGCCAUGGGAAAGCAGCUUUCAAACUGCAUGUCGGGAAAUACAGCGGAACUGCUGGUGACGCCAUCCGCGGUGCCUAUCGAGGCAUUGACCAGAAUGGCUUCGGCUUCAGCACAGUGGACCGCGACAACGACGGCUGCUCCCCGUGCGUCUUCGGUGACAUUUCUCAAAGGGAAUGUACCUUUACAGACAGCGGCGGCUGGUGGUACAGCAACUGUGGCUCUGCCAGUCUGAACGGGGACUGGCAUCCCGCUGGUAACCACAUGGGCUGGGGGUCAGGCCUCCAUUGGCGGACCUGGAAAUCUCGUGCUCCUUACUCCUUAAUGGCCACCAGAAUGAUGAUCAAGUCUGUGUGAGCAGGCCAAACGCACAUCAACUAAAUGCUUUCUUUGCUUGUAGCACAGUGAGACUAGUACUGUAUUUCAUCACAUAAUCUUAAAAAGCCUUUUGUAGGGCUUUGAAGGGCCCUUUCUUCAUGUCAGAACAAAUAUAUUGUUGAGAGGAAGACGUGUGAAAUGGAAAUUUAGCUGAAAAGAAUGUGGACAUCUGGUUUGUGAGGUUUUUAUAUGGAGGUCAUCAGUAAGUUAUUCCUUUAUAAAAACAGAACUAAGAGACACCAAAAGCAUUCACGAUAAUAAUGCUUAUCAUUUGAUUUACAGGCAUCCCUAAAAUUCUUGCAUUCUUCAGAUUCCUCGUUGAAGCUUGAACAAACAUACACAGUAGAUAGCAUGGGAGGCAGUUAAUGCUGGAUGCUUAAUCAUGACUUUCUAAAACGUUUAACUUUGUACUUUUACCAGUACUUCUGUUGAGCAAACACAGGGCAGUUUGUAAAGGUUAACAAUUUACAGAGUGCAUUUCUUUCAUUAUUCUCACACUCGGUUUGAAAAUACGCAUUAAUUAAAUGGCUGGCAGAAACCUUG